UAUUUGUUUAUUAUAAUUGUUUCCCUUUAACUCCUUUCAACAUGAUGAGAAGACGUCGUAUUUGUUACAUGUAAUCAUUACACAACCUCUGCGUUAGGCUAUCUUAAGCCAUAGAUUAAAUCUACCUGUAUGAUUUUGGUUAGACAACACCAACGUUUAAUUGAUUGCAGCUUAUGACAGCAAAUAUCAGCCCAAGUGACACUGACUUAACGAUCAACAGAAGCCAUCUUGCCCUUUUUUUUGGAAACCGAUCCUCUCGCAUGACUACAACAGAUUCUUUGAUACCUUCGUCAGGAAUUCUCAGAUGUGAACCAAUGUAACAGAUACUAGCUUACUGCAAGACACAUACACGAUGUUGUUGGGUUAACUCAUUGUAAAGCUUCAAAUACAAACACUGAAUGAUGCUGAUGAUGAUGAAGAUCGUUUCUAGCCGUCAUUAAAGAGAAUCAUCAUGAUGUUGUAUGAACAGCGUUGGUUGUGUGUGCCUAUCCUAUUUGCUCUGUCGUCCAUAUGGAUUUAUUACCUGUCUACGUAUGCACCUGCAAUUGGAGGAGAGCAUAGUAACAGCACUUUAAGGUUUCCCUCAAACCUUGAAGAACUGAAUUCCUUGGUGUCUCACCUCAGUCUCUACAAGAAUGACCACAUGUCAUAUAUCUUCCUCCUUUUCUGUUCUGCCUAUCUCUACAAACAGGCUUUUGCAAUUCCAGGAUCAGUUUUCCUGAAUCUGUUGGCUGGCGCUCUCUUCGGUACUGUACUUGGCUUUAUUACAACAAGUUUUUUGACUGCCUGCGGUGCCACUUGCUGUUAUUUGCUUUCAGAAAAUUUUGGAAAACCUUACAUAAUUAAAAAAUUUCAUAAACGAAUUUCUUACCUGAAUGAAAAGAUCCAAGCCAACAUGGACAGUCUGUUUUAUUUCCUGCUUUUCCUUCGGUUGUUCCCUAUGUCCCCUAAUUGGUUCCUCAACAUCUCAUCACCAAUACUUGACAUUCCAAUACACUAUUUCUUCUUCUCAGUUUUGGUGGGUUUGAUGCCAUACAACUUCAUUUGUGUUCAGACCGGCUGUGUCUUGUCUUCAAUACGGUCCGUCAAUGAUAUAUUUACGAUUUCAACUGUUUUGAAACUUCUCGGCAUUGCCGUUGUAGCUGUCCUUCCUGGAUGCGUCAUCAAGUUUUGGAAACAAAAAUCUGUUAAACAAGAAUAAUAAUGUAUAUAAUUCCAAUAAUGUUUGGUUCAAUUAUGACUAAGUUAUUAAAAACAGCAAGCUGGCAGAAUCGUUAGCACACCGACCAAAAUACUUACCGUCAUUUCGUCCAUCUUUACACUCUGAGUUCAAUAUCUAUUAAGGUCAACUUUACCGUUCAUCCGUUUGGGUCGAUAAAAUAAGUAACAGUUUAACACUGGGGUUGAUGUAUUCAACUUACCCUCUCCCCAAAAAUGCUGGCCUUGUGCCAAAAUUUGAAAUCAUUAUUACUAAAUUAUUAAGACUGAAAGAAAUGGAUGAAGUAACUCUAAUUUAAAUCAAGCAUCUUUUUAAAAGAUGAUGUUUUUAUAUAUAUUAUUGAAACAUGUUGAAAAUGUUGAGAUUCAUUUUUGCGAUGUCUCUGUUGAUUAUAACUUUGUGAAAUUCAACUCUGUUAAUUAUAACCAUUAUAUAUUAAUAUUGAUUAAAUAAUGUGUUCAAAUUUA